AUGAACGCCGCCUCUAAGCCCAUCUGCACCAUCUGCUACGAAGACCUCAACCUCAUCGUCGAAGAAGUCCAAGCCAUCCCCAUCUGCGGCCACGUCUUCCACGAGCUCUGCAUCCAACAAUGGCUGGAAUACUGCCCGGAAGGGAAGAAGCCCACCUGUCCCGUCUGCAAGCAGUUUUGCGCCCAUCACUCCCCCAUCCGCCUCUACUUCCAGUCCACCGGCGAUCCCACACAAAUUGCCCUCUCCCAGAAGCUUUCUUCCGAGGCUGAUGCCGAGCCAUUGGCCGAGGAGGUGAGGCGAUUGGAGUUGAAGGUUUCGGCCCUCACCUCCAAUUUCGAGAACCAGCAGAAGCAUCUCAGCAAACUGAAUGAUGAGGUGACUGCAUGGAAAGAGUUGGCGCAAAGGGAGGAGGCAAGAAGAGAAGAGAUCAUGAAAGAGAAAGAGUGUACUGAGCAGUUUCUACAUAUGAAAAUGGAGGAACUGUCUCGGAAAUCGUUAGAGUGCACGAAGCUACAUGAGAGGAGUUUGGGGUUGGCCCAGGAGCUUGCUGCCCUUAAACUGGCAACAGAUAUGAACUUGGAGGAGGAAGAGAUGGUGAAACUUGCAUCGCUUGGUCAUGGUAGAAACCAUGAGAAUGCGGUACAGGUUCUGAAGAGGUCACUUGCCCUUCGCAAUAAGAGCUAUAAGGAACUGCUGGCUCAGUGCAACCUUUUAGGAAGAGCAGAGACUCGCAGUCAGAUGAAACUUGAUAAGGCUAAAGAAAAGAUAAAAAAACUUCAAGCACGUUUGCAAGAGGUGGAGAAGGUUGUUGAAGAAAAAGAGAACGAAAUCCUGAGGAAUUUGAAGGCUUCAAAAAGAACUAAAACUGAAGGGAUAAGUUUCAGUUGUGUCAACGAGAACCUAAAUUAUGCAUGCACUGACAAUCAUUUGUUGGAACAUCAAACUGAGAAGUCUGCUGAGGCACCAGAUGGUUCAAACAAAAUAAGUUUCUCAAAAAAUAACCUGCAUCAUUUUAAAGGAAGCGCCAAAGGUCUUGAACUCCAAAACAAUUUGAUUUCAUCAAGUUUCGAGGAUAAUGACAAUAUAAUAGAUCUAGAUGCUGAUACUAGCUUCUUUAUGGAAGAGGUUGCUCCUGAACCAUCUAAAAACUUAUUUAACCAUUUGACUCCUAUUUCUAAUGGCAAAAAUCAAGCUGAGUCUAACAAGAAUGAAGAUUUCCGUAAGUCAUUUAUGUCUGCUCAAGAGGCUGCUUAUCCUAAUAAUGAGGUUUCCUCUACUUACAAGCACAGCAGGUAUGAAUCCUGGAUCUCAGGCAUUAAUAUCAAUAAUGAUGAGAAGGGUUCUCUAGAAAGAGUUGUAGACAGAAGUGUGACACAGAUACCUAAUACAGAGGCUUCAUCUACUUACAAGCACAUUAGGCAUGAAUCCUGGAACUCAGGCAUUAAUAUGAAAAAUGAUGAGAAAAGUUCUCUAGAAAAAGUUGUAGACGGCAGUGGUACACAGAUUGCAAGUUCAUCUCAGACUAAAGAAAUUUUGGUUAUUGAUGACAUCACGAGGCAAUCACCUUCAAUGGCAAUCAAAAGGGAAACUCAGGCUCAUGAUUCAGUUGCUUCUUCUGGUGAUGCAUGGUUUCCCGGUGGAAUCUUUGGCCAUGAAGGUGGCAACAGAGGUGUGGGGAAGUGGUGCAAGCAGGUUCCGAAUGUUUCCUUGUAUCUUAGAACGCAAACAUCAAAGAGAAAUGGGGAUUUGAUUGCGGUUGGAGCUGAUGGGAGAGGAGGAAGGGUCAAAGUGUUGAGAACUCAUGACCAGGUUAAUAAGUCACAAACAUCAUGGUCAAAAAGUUAUCAGCAUGGAGCAAAACAAAGUGGUCAAUCUCAGAUCGAUCAUUUCUUUGUAAAGUCUGAAGGCUAAUUGUACAUUCACGGUAGUAGGUGGCCAUAGCAAAACCCUCAGAGUAAAGAGAUUUAGAUUCAAGGUUUUAGAGACACUAAUCGAAGGAUGACAAAUAAAUUUAUUGCUUGAUAA